GUUUAAUUCGAUAAAUUUUGCCAUUGCAAAGAAACAGCUGCGUAAAUUUGAACUGUCAAAAAUGGAGAAACGGAAGGUCAUGACCAAGUCUUUGACCCAAUGACACAAACUAGUACAUGUAUUUGUUUAUUUUUAGGAUGUUUAUUUAUGAACUGUUUGCUUGGAUUUCUUGCACAACGAUUGUUGCAGGACAGUUUGUGUUUCAACCAGGAAAUGUAAUCUUAAGAAAUCUGGUAAUUGAUAACAACACUGGGGAUGUUUUUGUUGGUGGAGUGAACUAUAUUUAUAAACUGAACAAAAAUUUGACACAACUUAAGAAUGUGUCUACACCAUGCCUUGUAGAAAAAUGCAAGCCAGGUGAAACUGUGAAUCCUAAUGCGAAUCAACUUUUGAUGAUUGAGAAUUUAACAGGUACUCCGAGAUUGUUUGCAUGUGGAACAUACAAGUAUGGUAUAUGUAUAACAUAUGAUAUGAACUCAUUUUCAUAUACUGUGCUUGACAAUACUAUUGGCGCUGUUUCAAAUAUUCAAAAUUAUAGCAGUAUCGCGCUAGAAGAUCAAUCUAAUAAUGGAAUCCUUAUUGCUAGCACAAGAAUUGGUGACUCUGAACAGCUACCUACAGAUUAUACUUUCACCGCUUAUUCUGGUCAGUUUGUGUGCAGUGGCACAGUAAAGCCAUGUAUUGGCAAAUCCAAACAGAUCUUAUUGACAUCAGAAAGCGAACUAAAGAUUUAUUACAUUCUUGCAGUGAUUGUAGGAAAGUUUAGAUAUUUCUUUAAUCAUAAUAUGAAGGAUGGAACUAAUGUAGCAAGACUGUGUGACAAAUAUCAAAUUGGCGGCGAUCCCGAAAUUAAAACUUACAUGGAAAUACCAUUGCGAUGUGUUGGCAAGGAUGGUAUAAAUUAUGAGCAACUUGUAGCAGCAAAAGUUGUACGACCUGAUGGUGAACUUGCUGAGAAGUUUGGAAGCACUGGAGAUGAUGAUGACGCAGUUUUAAUUGGGGUAUUUCAAAAAUCAAGCAUAUCAUCACAGUCUGCCUUGUGUACAUACACAUUUAAACAAAUUAACGAGUUUUUCUGGGAGAAUAUCGUGAAAUGCUUUAAAAGUAACACAUUGCCUCUUUCUAAAUAUGUUAAAGGUUCGACGUGCAGUGUUGUAAGUAUUCAGUCUGCUUUAAAUUUUAUAAUAAUUUUCCAGCAUUUUAUAAUUUUUAUUCUCAUGAAUUUGUAUUUUGUGAUGCACUUUUACCAGGAUGAUUCGUUGGUUAUGAAUUCUUAAUAUUUUAAAAUCUAUUUUUUACACACUAGGAAGUGCCUGCUGCAUGUUCACUAAAUUCUAGAAAUCAAAAAAUGACAGGAACAAUAAAAUACGAAAGUGAAGCUCUUGUGACAUGUAGUGAUUGUGGUCCAAUAUCAUCUAUGGAUACAACAAGUUACCGAGGAAACAUUAUUGCUUUUCUUGGUGCAAAAGAUGGAAAGCUCAGUAAGGUAAAAACAAAUCCUAUCAUAAUUUUCAAAUUGGUAAAAUUUGUUGCUCACUCUGCCUCAAGCUAUAUUCUACUCCAUCCGAGUGUAGGAUCUACCCAUGCACUGAGGAUCUACCAUUUACCAAGCCAAUUUUUCCUCUAUUUAGUGAUUGUUUCCACAAAAAACUGUUUCAGGAUGAAAAUGUGAUAAUAUUCCAAACAAUUUUGUAUAGUUUGGUUACAUCUUUUGCUUUUCGAUAAUAGAAAACAAGUCAGAAUAAUCAAUUGAGAAUCAAUUGAGAUUUCCAAACAUUUGCAGAUCUCACAGCCACGCAGUGAAAGCACGUCGUAUUAUACAUACACAUAUCACAUAUUACAUAUUACAUAUACAUCCUUCCUUAGCAUAGGGAAUGGGCCUGGGCCACCUCUCAACCUAGUGGUCCAAGAUCUCAACGCAAAUAUAAUAAAAAUAAUAACGUAUUAUAGCAAUCUGUAUACUGCUGAGAAAAACUAAAAGUAAACUGUACUUAAAGUGAAAUGUAAAGUUAACCUAAUAUACUACUACCAAUUUUUCUUUUGGAUUGCGUAUGUGGGUCGAAAGGUUUUAAAGCUCUUGCGCUUUUGGCAAAUGUUUGUGCGUUGGCAUUUUUAGUAUUUAGAUUUGAAACUCUAAGCACUAUAUAUAAUUAAGUAUAGCGGCAUAAAACAUCUAUUUUUCUUUUUAUAAUAUUAUUUACCUGCAUGCAGUGUAUAAGUAUCUCAGUUGUUCGGGAAAUGAAGUAAAAAAUUUACUGACUUCCAUUGUUUCCUUUUUAAACCUCGCAAACAAUCUAAGGUCGAAUCUAGACUCCAGGCGCCAGGGUGUCAACCACUGAGCUAUACAAUUACUGGAGAAAGUGCUUGGGGCAAAAAGGUAUCCGCAAGAAUAUGGCGGAUCUUGACGCCAUGUUUUUCAGGACACUUGUUUGACUGACGGAAUAUAGAUGCAUUAUUUCCCGUAGUUGUAUAGGUCAGUGGUUCCAACUCUUGAUUUGGCCGCACCAGUAAGUAAAGCCUCUAUUUUGGCGUAUUGAUAAUGUCAUUGAGUCAGUGCCAUUCAAUUCAAUUCAAGUCAUUGAGAGUUUACUGAAAUUGCGUCGUUCUUAAUUUGAUGAUUCGUUACGAUUUCCUUAGGACUGCCUAUAAAUAGUACACUUACAUGACUUGCAAUUGAACAGGUGGGAAUUUUGUCUGAGCAUGCGCUAAAAUUCGCGCGGUUAACAGAGAAGAGACUUGGGGCGAGUAAAUAUCGCAGUUCUUUUUUUGAGCGUUUUAUUGGGGUUUUUGACCUCGUUUUUUCUAGGAAGUCCAGAAAGGUAUGAGAACGUUCGGUAACUAAAAAAUUGUAUAAAAAUACAACUUUUGCAUCACUUUAAUCAUCCGAACUGCCUCGGAUUCCGACGGAAAUGUCCAAUAAUUCCUGCUAUUCCGAAUUUUGAGGUGAACAAAUUAUCUCCCAAUAUUUAACAAUUAUACCAUGAGCUCGAGUCGUAUAUGAGCUGAUAGCCGACGAUGUGCGUAGCACCGAGUCGGCUAUCAGCCAUAUACGACGAGAGCGAAUGGUACAAUUUGGUUGUUUGAAAUUUUUAUCUGUAAAGCACAAUUGGAAAUUUAAAAAGCAAAAAUUUUUUCUGUUUGUUUGCAAAAAUUUCCCCCAAAUAAACGACAUCCGGGACACCGGUCCAGAUACGGACCACGGUCCGAUAUGGGGUUUUACGGACCGCUUGUCAACCAAUCAGAAUAGAGAAUUUUGAAAAGCCAUAUAAUAAUAACUUCUUAUUAACCGAGCGCGAGGUCUUGACAGAGAAAUAUCGGACCGAGGUUUUUUGUACAGACCGAGCCCGUAGGGCGAGGUUUGUACAAAAAGACUGAGGUUAAUAAAAAAAGCGAGGUUAAUAAAAAGUUUAUUAUAUGGCAUUUAUAGGCAUUUAUACUCGAAACAAACAAGAAAGGCAUGAUUUGAAAUGCAUAUUAGUAGCGUGGUACACAUUUGGUCGAAGAAAACAAAAAUUACCAAUGUAAUCCUUCCUUUCCGCUUAAAACCAUUCGCAGUUUAAUAGUUUCAAUUAAUUUUGCUGUUUUGUUUUAAAAUACACGCAUUUGUUUUUACGUAAUGGACCGCCGGUCUAUGCAUUACGGGAGAAUAGUUGACCGCUGAAAGUGCUUCUCAGCCAAUCACAGUCCGCCAUUUCACCAGAAGUGAUGCUUGCCAUAUAAUAAUAACUUCUUAUUAAACAAGAGUCAAACCUGAAGUUAAAUUAUUCUGAAGUUAAACAUCUUAUUAUUCACGUUCAUGUGUGCGACUCUACAAACGAAUUACACAAUUUUGACAAGACCUUUAAUUUAAUAUUUGCUCACUCAAAAACACCUAAUGGAUGUUAAAUAACUAGCCUCUGUCACCAGGGUAAACAUUCCAGAAAACGUGUGUGAAUAUUGUAUCACGGCUACCACAUGAUAAACAAUUAAUGAUGUUUCCCAAUCAGUGCUGAACACUUUUCGAAAUAUUUGGAGUCGAAAAAUUUGCUUCAGACGGUUAAUUCUCGCCCCUCUAUACUGUCUGUCUCAGCUUUGGAACAAAGUAUUUGCUUUUAUUUAGUUUGUCAUUUAUUCCAAUUCAUCUGGGCGAAGGUACGAAACUUCAAAUACAAUACCUGGAUCUGGAAUUUUGUCUGCGAAGUUUGAUCGUAUUGGGGAAGGUGCUUAUCUUUUAUCUCCGGAUAAGGUAAAACACUUUUAAUUAUUGAAAUUUUAAAAUAAUGAAACUCUCACUUUAAUCAUAUACAGUACCUAUCAACUUACUCAUGAAGUAAAACUUUGAUCCAGGGUGUUUGCUAGCAUUUUAGAUUGUUGGUUAAGUGUGUUCAAUUUCCGGGGCGUGUACCCGCCAGAAUAUCAUAGUUUCAGUUUUGCUCGCCAACAAUGAACUUUGUGUGGUAGUUUAUAAUGUGUUGAUCAUGCCAAACAUGACCUACUGCAUGUUGUAUUCUUCUAUAAUCUUAAAGACAUGAAUGAUAUUUGGUGAGAAAAGCAGGAUUUUGUAUCAGAUAUACAAAUUCCUUCACGGGAAUUACAAGACAGUGUUUUAUUUACUACUAUGAUAAUGGUUACUAUAAUAAGAACCGGAGAAUACGGUAUGCAUGUUCGCGGGUUAGGCGUUUUCCAUCAUCCAACGCGAGCAACUUGGAACGAGUCAGUUAUUGUUAUCAAUGUGUUUUAUUUUUGUAUUUUUUAGGUUUUAAAAAUUCCUGUGGAGGAAUGUGGCAAUCGAACAUCAUGUGAAAGUUGUGUUAAAGGAGGUGAUCCAUACUGUGGCUGGUGUACACUGCAUGCAACGUUAGUAUUCAAUAUUUCCAAGAUACAGAUGACUUUCUGUACUAUUAUGUUAAAUCAUGCCCCACCCUAUGUAGGACAUCCAUAGAGAGGGCUCCAGAACAUCUUCCUUGGUAAAUUCUACGUCUGACUCAUUAAUCGUUGGUUUCUGAAUUCUGACCUAUAGCCUAGGACCGUCCGUCCUUUGGAGUUUCACAGUGAGUAAACAACAACAACAACAACAACAACAACAACAACAACAACAACAACAACAACAACAACAACAACAACAACAACAACAACAACAACAACAACAACAACAACAACAACAACAACGACGACGAUGACAACAACGACGACGAUGACAACAACGACGACGACGACCGCGACAACAGCGGCGACCAAAGCGGCGACAACAGCGGCGACAACAGCGGCGACAACAGCGGCGACAACAGCAACUCUUUAUUCUAACAAAAACAAAAUUCCUUAUCGAAGCCAGGCCACCAUACACACUGGAAAAAGUUUGAAUUAUCAAAUUGAUUGGUCGGUCGAAAAAAAAGUGAUGUAAGAAAAGACAAACACUAAUAACAUAGAGAAGCAAAUUUUACAUACAAUAUUAUAGGUCGUGUGCAAGUUACGUCACCGUUGCCAUGUUGGAUAACAUUGACAAGGGAUUUUGCUUGUUUGCAAUACAAAUAUGGCAGGCGGGCAACACUUUAUUUAAAAUUAACAAAAAGGGACACGCUAGCCCCAUCAACUCUGGGCUGAUUUCCAUGAGGGGCGUGUUAAAUAUUAAAAAUGUUUGAAAAUAAAUAAAUAAAUAACUGUAUCUAAAUACUAUAUAUACACACUUUUCUAUAUACAAAUGUAUGCAUGUCACUAUCCAACAUUUAAUCUAAACGAGUGAAGCGCACUUGCUAGUUUCGCUUCAUUUGGGAGCUGAUUCCAGUGCAAAGCACCACUAUAUUUAAAGCUUUUUUUUUAAAUUCUCUUUUUGGCUUAUGUAAUGUAAGGUCUGUUGCAGUAUUGCGGAGAUUGUAAUUAGUUUGAUCCAUUUCUCUUCCCACAAAAGACCCCCGAAGAGCCGGCGCAGUCUGGUCAUUAAGUAUUUUAUACAUCAAUACUGACUUGGCACCGGAACGUCUAUUUUCAAGAGUGUCCCACGAGAGUGAGUUAAGAACAUCAGCCGACCGAGACUCAUAAUUAGCACCCGUUACAACCCUCGCCGCCCGGGAUUGAAAUUUUUGGAGCUUAUCUCUUAACAACUUGCCACAAGUGUCCCACAAAGGGGAACAAUAAUCAAAGUAUGGCGGUACCAAGCUUUUAUAAACAGAUUCUAAUGUAUGCAUCGGAACAAAAGGUUUCAUACGUCUCAUAACGCCAAUAGCUGCACUUACUUUCUUGCAUAUCAAUGUAAUAUGACUGUCCCAAUUCAAAUUUUCAUCGAGUUUUACUCCCAGACACAUUUGUGUACUGAUUCGUGGUAUGGGUUUUGUAUUUACCAUAAUAGUCUCUUCACACCCUAAUUUAUUAAGAUUGUGCGUGGAGCCAAUUUUACAUUUAGAUGGAUGCAUCUGCAAUCUAUUUUCUUUCAUCCAUUCAAAAACAUGAGCAAUGUCCGAAAAUAUCAUCCAACAUGGCGGAAAUCUCUUUGUCCUUGAAUCACACGGGAGUGGUUGCACAUCACCUAUAGAGACAAACAAAAACUUGCAAAAUAUUUCUUUAGGUACCAUAAGUAGUAGCUCCUUUUUUAACCCUUCAGAUUUUUAGAGAUGAAGUCUUGGCAUUAUCAAUAGAAUUCCUUAUUUUAGGCCCUUGAAAUAUAAAUAGGACAUGAUUGUAGUAUUUUAUAUAAUUUCUAAAUACGCCUGGGAUCAAAUAACCAUGAGGAUCUUUGCUAAAACUUGCAAGUGCUUGUUCUUCCAAAUUGCACUAGUAUUCAUGCUAUUAUUUAUUAUAGAAUAGAUGAAAAAAAUAAAACAAAGUGAAGAAAAUCUGUUCAUGAAAAUUUUGUGUAAAUAACUGGACAAAAAAAGAUUACACUGUUCUUGGCUAACCAUAAUUGAACAGUUUUGUUCAUGUAUUUUGUUAUUUUUUACUAAUAUUCACAUAUUUUUUAGAUGCACAACUUACGACAAGUGUCCAUACUAUGGAUCUCCAUUAGGAUAUGUUCGCCAUUCCAAUGAAUGUAUUAGUAUUUCCAGUCUGAGUCCGUCAUCACUACCCUUGAGCGAAACAACAAUUCAAAAGGUACUUAGGGACUUGUCAGAAAUUACCA